AUGGUUAAUUAUUUCAAUAACCUUUUUUCUUCUUCUCAAACCGAUUGGAGAGAGGUUACUAGCUGCAAAAACUGUGUUUCUUUUGAGCAAAAUGCUGAGUUGUUGCUGCCAGUUUUAGAGGAGGAAGUUCGCAAAGCGUUGUUUCAAAUGCAUCUGGACAAAUCUCCAAGCCCCGAUGGAAUGACCUUGGGAUUUUUUCAGAAGAGUUGGGCAAUUGUUAAAGGUGAUAUUAUCCAUAUGGUAAGUCAGUUUUUUCACCAUGGGUUAUUUCCUUCAAAUCUGAAUAAAACUAUUUUGGUUUUAAUCCCUAAAAAGAAGCUUCCUAUGGAUAUGGGGGAUUUGACACCCAUUGCUUUAUGCAAUGUGUUAUAUAAGAUUGUGUCCAAUGUGGUGGCUAAUAGACUUAAGAAUGUUAUGCCAACUAUCAUAUUCGACACUCAAAGUGCGUUCUUACAAGGUCAUUUAAUUUCAGAUAAUAUGAUGAAUGCUUAUGAGAUUAUGCAUCAUUUGAAAAGAAAACGAAGAGGUAGGGAUGGUUAUUUGGCUCUCAAGCUUCACGUCAACAAAGCCUAUGAUAAACUUGAGUGA